AUGUUUUGCGCCCUGGAAUGGAUAUGCACGGAGUCAGCAACUGAAGCUGCUGGUUUCUUUAACCGAUGUUUGUUGCAAANAUGGAGUUCUUCCAGUGAUCGUUUUGAUGUUUAUUUAUAUACUGGUCUGGCCCUGGGAUCAACACUUUUACUGUAUUUGUCAGCGUUCUCCUGCUACCAAGCAACCAUUAACUCCUCAAGGAAUCUUCACAGAAAUAUGCUCGAAGCAGUUGUCAGGGCAACGGUGCAUUUCUUCGACACGAAUCCAUCUGGAAGGAUUUGCAAUCGAUUCUCCAAAGACAUUGGACUGAUGGACGAGACGUUAUUUUCUGCGUUCUUCGAUCUUUUAGAUAUCUUUUGGGGAACGUUCCUUUCAGUUGGAAUUCCUUCGGUGUCUAAUUUUUGGGUCGUAAUCGCUGCCGUUCCUCUCGCCGCGCUGGUGAUUUAUUAUGGGCUAUACUGUUUGCAAAUUUGCAGAGAAGUGUCACGACUUGAAGCCAUCAAUCGGAGUCCCGUGUACUCGCACUUUUCCCUAACCCUCGAGGGUAUUGUGAACAUAAGAACCUAUCAACAGCAGGAACACUUCGUCCAGGAAUUUUUCAGACAUCAAGACAACUUGAGUAAGACGUGGUUCACCUCGAUCGCUAUGGUCCGCUGGCUCCAUUUCCGGAUGGAUUGCAUCACGUCUUUGUUUCUAACAGUGGUGACUGCAAUAGCCGUGAUGACUUCACAACACGCAGGUGAGAAAAGAUUAUUGGUUUAG